GAAGAAUGAUAAGGCAGGAGACAGAGAUGAAAAGUUCUCAAAUUUUCAAAGCAAAGAUUACAUAACAAACCCGUUCUUACUCCCUGUUUUAUUUUUAAUUCGUUGAUUUGUUUUUUCCCGAGAAAAUUCUCUCUCCUCUGUCUCUCUCCCUGGUUUGAAUUCUUCUUCUACUCACAAACGCGCACUUGUGUCUUCUUUCUUAUUUAUUGCACUUGUCAUAUCGUAUACACGCUCUCACCCACCAAAAUUUUCAUCAUUAACCCUUCCUCUCUGUUUCUGUAAUGGCCCUUUGAUAAAAAAACAUCAUCAUUUCAGGGCUUCUGGGGGGGGUUGGUCGGACAAGCAUGGCAUCUAGUCAUCCAUUCUUUGAUGAUAUUCGAAGCAAAUCUAGCGUCGAUCCUCCUCAAACGGAAGAGCCAACUGAAAUUGGUGAACUUGUGAAUGAGCCUCUGCAGACUGCUCUUAAACCUCAUGGAACUGUUACAAGCAGUGUUCGCGAGCUGUUAGAGUGCCCUGUGUGUUUAAAUGCUAUGUACCCUCCAAUCCACCAGUGUUCAAAUGGUCACACUUUAUGCUCUGGUUGCAAACCUAGAGUCCAUGAUCGGUGUCCUACAUGUAGGCAUGAGCUUGGCAAUAUCAGAUGUUUGGCACUGGAAAAGGUGGCUGCAUCAUUAGAACUUCCCUGUAAAUAUCAAGGUUUUGGGUGCAUUGGCAUAUACCCAUAUUACAGCAAGCUAAAGCAUGAAUCUCAAUGUGCCUUUAGACCUUAUAAUUGUCCAUAUGCUGGUUCUGAAUGUUCAGUUAUGGGUGAUAUACCUUAUCUUGUGACCCAUCUGAAAGAUGAUCAUAAAGUGGACAUGCACAAUGGUUGUACUUUUAAUCACCGCUAUGUCAAAACAAAUCCACAAGAAGUUGAAAACGCCACGUGGAUGUUAACGGUUUUCAGUUGCUUUGGUCAGUAUUUCUGUCUACACUUUGAAGCUUUUCAGCUAGGAAUGGCUCCUGUGUACAUAGCUUUUUUGCGGUUCAUGGGGGAUGACAACGAGGCGAAGAAUUACACGUACAGUCUGGAGGUGGGUGGAAAUGGGAGGAAGAUGAUUUGGCAAGGGGUGCCCAGAAGCAUAAGGGAUAGCCACCGCAAGGUUCGUGACAGUUUUGAUGGUCUCAUCAUUCAGAGGAGCAUGGCUCUAUUCUUUUCUGGGGGUGACAAGAAGGAACUGAAACUACGAGUCACUGGGAGAAUUUGGAAAGAACAGUGAUCGGUGAUGAUCCUUUUGUAUUAACUACACUAGUUUGUAGUGUAUCUAUUUCUUAAUUCUUUUGUAGUGGUAUGAAUCAUCUGUUCAUGUAUUGUGUUUUGUAAUUUAGGUGGCAACAUCUCUUUGCUUAGCUCUAGAUCAAAUACAUGAGCAAGCAGGCUCAUUAUGAUAUAUUUUAAUAUAGAUGUACAAUCUUAGCUUGCUCCAA